UUCAGACCUCAAUUCCUUGGAAUUCGGAGCUUGUUCGAUUCAGAACACACCCUGAGUUUUGAACUGAGAUUGCCAGCUCGAAUGGGUGAAGAAGAUAAGUGCUGCUAGGGAUUUGGUACAUUGGGAUUUAUUUCGCACUUUCUGUUCAAAUUUUGGAAAGACUCGGGAAUCGAAAUGCCUGGAGCUCGGCAUUGCCCCCGGAUCGAUACUCGCGAGCUGAAACUUCAGAUUGAAAGGAAGAUCGGCCGGCAGAGGGCAGAACAGUAUUUUCAUCUGUUGGGGAGAUACCUAAGCUUAAAGCUGAGCAGAUCUGAGUUUGACAAGCACUGCAACAGUUUAUUCGGGAGAGAUAAUAUCCGCCUUCACAACGCGCUCAUCCAUGCGUUCUUGAAAAAUGCAUGUGCCGCAAAAGCCCCUCCACCCAGAGAUAAAAAAGCGCGGGCUCCGUUGAAUGUGAGUGUACCAAAUGGAUAUGAAAGAGGGAGUCUUCAGUCUCUGUGCAGGGACGUGUUUCCUCAGUCCCCCAGGAAGGGUAGAACGCCUACGCAUCGUGAUCGCAAGUUUAAAGACCGGCCAAGUCCUCUGGGACCAAAUGGGAAAGUCAUUACUGCUGCUACAUGUGAAGACUCUGCGCAGAAAGUACUUGAACAGCAAAGUGCUACUGAGCUGCUGUCUUUGGGCAGCAGGCCACCUGUUGAAGUCAAUUCUGUGGAAGAUGGAGAAGAGGUGGAGCAGGAGGGUAAACCUGCCAUUUACAGUAGGGUUCCUGUCACAGCUCCACUUGGGGUCUCUCUGAUGUCAAGGGCAACAAAGAAAUUUUUACAUCAUGGAGCGGAAUCUGUCCUCCCGGUAGAAACUUGUCAUGUCAGUGGUAAGUUGCCUGAUUCGAGCUCUCUCAAGAAAAGAUUGGAACAGAAGUUGGAGGCAGAGGGGUUGAAGGUUUCCACUGAUUGUGUUAAUCUCUUAAACAAUGGGCUGGAUGCUUAUCUCAAGAGAUUAAUAGAGCCUUGCUUGUCACUAGCUUCUUCAAGGUCAAGACAGAAGACUGUUCAACAUCAAGCUGUAUCCACUUUAAAUGGGAUGAGGACUGUGAGACACGUUAAAAAGCCACACGAAUGUUGUGCUUCAUUGUUAGACUUCCGUGUUGCUAUGGAGUCAGAUCCUAGGGUGCUUGGAGAAGACUGGCCCACACAGCUUGAGAAGAUCUGCGUGCGCACAUCAGAAGAACCUUUGGUUGAUUAGUGCAUGUUUUGUGUGUGGUUGUGACUUACGUCAAACAAAGAGUUUUGAUAUGGAUCACAAGUUCAUUGCCUGAUCUAGUAGUGACGCUGACACAGAAGGCUGUUAUAAGCAACGAGUAACUCAUCUACGUGGUUUCAAGCUAGAAAAAAGUUUUGGAUCAAGGUUUUUAGGUUGUAUAUACACCUCAGAGCUGAUUAUUUCUGGAUUGGGGAUUGUUACCUCAUAAAGUAUGGAGAUAUAAAUACUUGUAAGAUUG